AGAAGGUAGUGAAGACGGGAAAAUGGCGACCGCCGAAGAACUUAUACGAAAUUUUAUGCUACAUUUGGACACGUUUUUCACGGCAGUAAUGUAAAUGUGGAUGUGAUUAUUUUUUACGUAUCGCGUUGUGUGUCAAACUCAAAAAGUAAUUAUGGAAGAAAAUGUGUCGCUACAUGAGUUGCAGCAACUACUACGAGCUAGUUUCGUGCUUGCUAUGUACCUAUCAUGAAGUUGCUGUUGCUAAUGUUAUUUGCGGUAAAUGACGCACGUCUUCGCACGUACAUUGAAUUGACAUUUAGUGGAAGAUAAUAGCUGCUUGACAGUAUGGCUUUGCACAAUCUAGUGUUUGUCGUCGAUGUGGAUUACAGAACUCGACUGGACGCCAGAAAGCAUCUAUUGAAACGUGGAAUUCUACAGAUAUUACUGCACUACGGCUACAAGUAUGGGUUUGAUAAAGUACGCUGGGGCUAUAAAUUUUUCCAGACGAAGGCUGGACGAAGUGCCAGCCUCAUAACGAGGGGGUCUGACCUUAAGGAGCUUCGCCACAAAACAUUCGAGGAUUUUGACUUAGAAUUUGAUUCAAAGUUUGACGGCAAAGAGAAUGACUUCACCCCCCAACAGAAGCAGCCAUGCAAUCAGUCUGCUUCAGUGCAAACUGCACUCAAAGAAAUCCUGCUGGACUUCCAAUGGGACCGACCAGACAUCACCUCUCCCACCAAGCUGUCCUUGAGGCCCAGAAAGGCGAGCCGAGCUGGCAAGCCUUCUCAUUCGCAGGAGGACGACCUUUCAAACCACGGGAGAAAUGUGGUGUUUAUUGUAUCAGAGUGUCCUCGAAGCUGGACACAACUGGUUGACUAUCUCUGUGCGGGAAACCUUGACAUGCAUUCAGACUUGUCUGAGAACAUUCUAUCCAAACCUGUCCAGGACAUGCUGGCCCAGAGGCAGGUCGUGCUGCAGUGGCUUGACAGCACGCCUCAUGUUCAGGACAUUCAAUGUGAGGACCAGCUUGGCUUUGACAAACUCUCUCAGGUCCUGGCGCAUGUUGGUGGCAAAGUGAUUCCAUUGAUGGGACUGUUGAGCCUGUCCUCCGUUGAGAAGACUGACGCCAGCAUCGGGAUCAAGAGCUUCCCGUUCCGGUCCAGUCUGGGAUACCUGCUGUCGUCUGAAAACCAGCACUGCCUUGCUUUUCCUGCCACAGGGGGCAUUCUCUGGCUCGAGCAAGGUGGUGUUGCACGGAGCUGUGCUAUUACUUUAGAGCCAGUGUCCCGCAGUCAGCACCCUCUCCCUCAGGGUGUGGAAGUGUGUCUGAAGGGUAUGCUACAGGACUGGGAUGUCUCUUCACUGUCACGCACCACCACAGAGUCGUGGCUGCUUCAGUGCUCCAACACAAGUGAGCCAGGAGCUGCUGCCUUCCUUGACAUCCUAAUGGAGCUGUUUGCUCAUUCUCUGUCCAUGUUUGCUGAGGUGAGCGUUAAUGGCCUGUUAUCCUCGGCUGUCCUCUCUCCGUUGGCCCAUUUUUCAGCUCUGCUCACCAUCAUCCAGCCUGCGAUCACUCGGCAUCAACAGCUUCACACCAUUGAGCCUAUAUCCUCCACCACCACAGCAGAAAUCUCUGCUGACCUUCCAGAAGUAGUGAGCAGUGUCUUAGGUGUCAUAUAUGACAUGAUGGAGCAGGAUGGUGACAGCGCUGAUGAUCAGCCAAAUGAUCAUACUGUUCCCGAUUGGGCCCAGCAGGAGCUCAGUCAUUGCCCGCUGACAGUGGGAUUGUUGGAGACAUGGUUUCCUCAUUCAGAUGACUCAGGAGUCACUUCCCAUUUAAUGGAGUCAUUGAGGUUGCUCCAUGCGGUGCCUGACCAAAGAGAAGAAGAGGACUUUCUCUCCCAUACAGAGCUGAUCAAUGACUUAGCAGAGCUGUAUCAGACAUCAAAGGUUGCUGACAACAAGAGGACCAAAAAACGAGGAACCCAACGCACGCCUGUGAAGCAGAAGAUGAAGACCAUGAGUCGCUCCUUGCAGAUGCUGAAUGUGGCGCGGCUCAACUUAAAGGCCCAGAAAAGCCAGGCUGAUGCAGAGCCAAUGGGGUCAGAGGGCAAAGGGUCUGAGAGACAGAUGAAGAAGCGUUCCAACGACAAAACAAGAGCCGGAGGAGCCAAUGUCAUCACCUUCACAAGUGAAGUCGAGUUGCUGUCUCAUCUGAAAUCCACUUAUGAGAAGGCCAUUGCAGACCAAGACUGCUCCCUCCUUGCUGGUGUUCAGCAGCUUCUGACUGCUGUGAAAACUUUCCUUGUGGGUGGACCCGAGCUGCAGGUCAAGACACUUCAGUUUUCCCAGCAGCAUCUUCUUAAGACCAGCAGAUUCAUCAGGCAGUCGUAUGGCUCCACUGCUAAUUUGGAGAGAAAAGUCAGAGAGUGCCAGCUCCAGGCAUGGCUCCGGUUGGAGUUAUGCAGACUUUUCUCCUCUGAACAGGCUGAUUGUCUGGAUGCUGAACAGAUGGCUGAAGAGGUGGCUGAAAUGUUGAGAAUUAUAUCCCUAACGAAAGACCCAGUGAGUCUCGCAAGGUUCCUUCAAGAUGAAGUCCUUCCAGUGUUUCUGACAGCCAUCCCAAGGGUUCUGGCAGACAUUUACCACAGUCUGGGCACGCAACUCCCUAAAGCCUUGGUGGCCAUUCUUCCUAUAGACUUCUUCAGCGACGAGUCAGUGGCCAAGGACAGUGUUUCCCCUUCAUCAUCCUUGGCCUCUCGAUCCGCACACAGCCUGGCUUCGAACAGUAGCGAUUGUCUGCAAGACCUGCGAAAUCGCUCUGUAAAAAAACGGAGGAGUGGGAUGCUGACCCGUCAUCGCAGUAUGACUGAAUCGUCACAGAGUUUACGCCAAAUACAGAUGCCCAAAAAGACGACACGAACUCAGUCCAAAUCAAAAGCCUGUACUGCUCCAGAAAAAACAAUCACAGUACCGCAACCUCAGAAAAAAGAAACGCAUGAAGUUACCAAGGUGAGAAGAAACCUAUUCAACCAAGAGAUGGUUUCUCCGUCCAAGAAGGCCAAACUCCCAAGGAGCCAAUCUUUGUCAACUGUGGAAGGACUGAAGCGCAAACGAUCUCAUGAGUCUGAAGAGAGGCACAGACUCAUAACAAAGAAAGUGUGUGAGACACCCCACCACAAGCAAGUGUCCAACAGGCUCCUUUAUCGACAAAAAUUGGGACGAAGCUCUGUGCCAAGUGAGGAGUGCAUUGUGGAAGAGUCACCAGUAAAACCAGCAGAGGUCAGAAGGAGCCCGAGGAUAAAGAAGUUUGCAAGGAGUCACUCGAACACUUUUUAUUCAAGUUCCCAGCCUCGUUCCCGCAACCUGGAGAGGGCGCUCUCUGCUUCCCAGCUGACGCUCAGGGAAGGAAAAAUUGAAGAUGUUAACGUGAAAAAAGUAAGGUCACCCUUGAGACUUCUUUUUGGGGCAGCUGAGUCUCCCUGUCGUCCUUCUACCUCUGCGGCAGCAAUCAGGACCACCAGGUCUCGGCUGUCCACAGACUCCAGUGUUUUUGAGAGUCCAAAUAAGACACCAGAAAAGACACAUGAAAAAUCCACAAGAGGCCUUUGUUUGAGCACAACCUCCAGAACUCCUCGCACACCAAGAACUCCCAAAACUCCACCUUCUUCCCGGGUGCGUGGUCUCUCUGUCGAGAGUCCUACUGGGAACCUUGAUAUGGCUCUGAGAGGCAGUUCCUUCAGAUCUCCCGCUAGAAAGACUUUUGUAGUAGAGUCACCCAGGAAGCAAAGUCCUUUAAGGAGUCCACUGAAGGGCAUUCUCAGGACUCCUGUCAAGACUGUGGAAUGUGCCUCUUCCUCUGGAUUACAUCUAGUUUCCAAGACUCCCAAAAAGAGUGUUACCUGGUCUCCAUCACCAACAAAAUGUCUUGUGCCAGAGGAUACUGUGACAUUUAAGGUGCCCGAGUCUCCUCGCAUGGCAUGUCGUGGUUCACCAAGAUUGGUGAGGACGCCUAACAAGUUCUACAGCCCUAUAAAAAGUCCCAGCAAAAUAAAGGAGACCCUCAAGACCCCUGAGAAGACCUGUCCAACAGCACUUAACUUUACCUGUCAGGUAAGCCUACUCAGGAUUUCACCAAAUUCAAGAAGUGCCAUUUCGCCACAGCACAAACCUCAAUCCUUUGAAAAAAUAAAAAACUUUCAGCUGGAGGCGGUGCCUUUAGAAGUUUUUCCAAGUGAAGAACACAGUCCCUUUCCUACAGCCACCUCCAGAAGUCAAACAAAGACACAGAGUCCCACUCACCAAAUGGUUACUCGCUCUGGACGAACGCCGGGUAAAAGUCCAAGCACUACAUUCACGUGUAAGCAAGCAAUGACCGCAUUAGUGGGCAAUUCACCCAUGUCUCCAGCAAAGGCGCUGAUAGUUGCUGAAACUACCAGUAUUAACUCCCAGCCUGGUGACCGUGUUACCUCAGCACUAGAUACAGACUCUCCAUCUACAUCUACCGCAAUUCUGGAAUGCAACUUGCAGUCAGAAGAGAAAAAAGCUGAAAGUUUGCUAAUGUCUCAAAGUGAGACAAGUUCUCAGUCUGAUUCACAAGUCAACACCACAAGUGAGGACAGUAUGGACAUUGUGGAUGCGUUAGUUGUAAAGACGCAGUUUAGCGGCGGCCUCAAGAUGAAAAUUAGCUUUUCCCGCAAGCCUUCAAAGGCCAGUGAAGACUUUGCAUCAGAAGUGCCUUCUUCCAAACCACACGUACAGGCACAAGGUACACCUGGUCGCAGCUAUGGCUUCAGACAGACUCCCGACCGCCAGCAGCGAGAGGCGGCUGCCCGUUUGGGCUACUCUAAUGAAUUCCAAAGGUUUUCAACUCCUAGAGGGCCUUCUCGACAGCAGCAACAAAAAGGCACGGCUACACCAAAAUCUACUUCCUAUCAAUUAGAAAUGGAAAUGGAAACCUCUGGACUUCCCAAACUCAAAUUGAAAUCCAACUCUAAGAAUGUAAGCCAUUUGGUCACCGAUGACAGUCCUCAACUGGGAGCUCAGAGCCCUUCGAUCAGCAUUAAACCUUCACCGAUAGAGAGCCCAUUGGCAUUGUUCCCCAAACACAAAGAUCCUGUUUGUGUCUCCCCAUCCCUCUGUACCCACGUCACGCCCGCCAAAAGCACACCCAGAAAAGGUGGAGCGGUUCAGACCUACAUUUGCCAGUCGUACACCCCGACACGCCAUCCUGCGGGAACCACGUCGCCCAUUGCAGUUGCAGAUGUUUUCACCCUGUCCCCGUCCCCUCAGAGUGUUGGAAAGAUAACCCCAGACAACCUGAACAGUUGGCCGCGGCGAAAGAGAGCCCACAUUGGAGGGGUUGGAGGGAAAGAACGUUGCCAGAAGGGGGAGCCACUGCUGGAGGAGCUGUUGGAGGAAGCUGAACUUGGAGUGAGCAGGUUGUCAGACAUGGAUGAUGAUGAGCCCAGCCACAAAGCUACUCCAAAACAAGCAUCUCCUCUGUCUCCUGUGGAGGACUGGAUGGCAGCUGAUCCUCUAAGGCCUGAAGAAGAAAUAAUGGGGACAGCUGGAAGUGGAGACGUCAAGUCCACAGCAGCGACUCCUCCUCACUCAAAGGUGAGGAAGCCAGUGACAGCGAGUGGGAUUUUUGCCCUCACUCAGUCUCCACUGCUCUUCAAGGGCAAACCAGGGUCUUCAAGCAAAAGAACACCACACCGUCAAGACGAAUUGGCAAUUGAGAGGAGUUUGGAAGUCGACGUGGAGCGCUCUUCCUUCAACCAGCCCAUCAGACACUCCUGCACGGGGCGGAGCUACAGCAGGAAAAGAUUGAUUCACUGAGGCCCAACAAAGCACCAGAGCUGAAGCUUUCUUUGUCAAUUUGGGUGCUUUUGGCGGCAAUACUUCAAAUGUUUUCAUGGAACGUCUUCUCCUCCUUGCCUCCAUUUUGUUUUAAUCUCCUACACAUUAGUUUAGGAGUUUUUCCUUUUUUAAAGGGUAUUACAAUGGCCCAGUCACCUUUUUGUAUUGAGCAUUUUACUUUUCAAAAGUCUUGACUGAAUUUAUCUUCCUAAAGCUAAAAAUUUUGUCUUAUUUCUAAUUACUGUCGUUGCAUCUGUCAGUUCUGAGCCUAAUUUUGUCAGUGUUCCAAAAGUGUUUAUUUAUUAGUUGUUUUUUCAAAUCAUAAAAAGCAAUUUUAAGUCAAAGGGAAUGGUUU